GUCUAGAAGCUCAAGUACCAAUUUAUCCAAGCAGUUCAACGAAGCUUAUUUUCCGAAAUGUAUUCUCGCCUAAUUUUCUUUUGGACCUUAUUGACAAGUGAGUCACGAAACACUCUAAAUAAAUCAUCUUGAUAUUGUAAAUUAAGAAUUUCGAGAUCUUCAACUUCGCCUAGGCGAAACCAUAACUUGACUUUUGUAAAUGGAUCGAUUGCACGUCAGCCAUAUCAAGGAAGAAGCAAAAGAAGACGAGAGAAAAGUCGUCGAAAGACGGUCGCCAGUUGAAACGUGAGAAAAACUUCAGUUCCUCAAGAUGGGUUUUAACGAGACGGAUCUGAACAACUCCGCGAAUCUACCGAGCACUUUUCUUCUCGACACCGGUCAGCGAAACAUCAGCAAAAACCAUCACGAUAUCGAGUAUGUCCUCUUGUUAUCUUUAAAAGCUUUCAUUAUGAUAUUCAUCAUCCUUUGUGCUCUCCUCGGCAAUUUAUUGGUCAUCGUCUCUGUCAUGAGACACCGCAAGCUCCGGGUAAUCACCAAUUACUUCGUAGUUUCGCUGGCCUUGGCGGAUAUGUUAGUGGCGUUGUUCGCCAUGACGUUCAACGCUUCCGUGGAACUUUUUGGACGUUGGUUAUUCGGGUAUUUCAUGUGCGAUGUGUGGAAUUCAUUGGACGUCUUCUUCAGCACCGUCAGCAUCCUUCACCUUUGCUGCAUCAGCGUCGAUAGAUAUUAUGCGAUCGUCCAACCACUGGACUAUCCGUUAAUCAUGACAAACGUGAGAUUGACAGGAUGGUAUACCACGAACGAGCAUCUCGAAUACAGAAGGAAUUAUCCGGAUGUGUGUGUGUUCCAAGUCAACAAGUUCUAUGCUGUCGUUAGUUCCAGUGUGAGCUUCUGGGUACCAGGGAUAAUCAUGAUCGCGAUGUACUACAAGAUUUAUCGCGAGGCCGAUCGUCAGGAGCGCAUGUUGUACCGGAGCAAAGUCGCGGCUGCUCUGCUAAAUAAACAUCUGCAGAUCAAUGGGAUCUCGGCCGGUUUGACGUCUCUGCCGACCGUGGACCAAUCGUCGUUGGAGUCACAACCAGAAGAGCCGCCAAUAACAAGUAGCAGUAAAAUGAAAAGAGAGCGGAAGGCAGCUAGAACGCUCGGCAUCAUCAUGUCAGCGUUUCUAGCUUGUUGGUUACCUUUCUUCCUUUGGUAUAUCAUCACUGCUCUGUGUGACUCGUGCGAGAGCGGCGAAGUGGUGGUAGCGGUGGUGUUCUGGGUAGGCUAUUUCAACAGCGCUUUGAAUCCGCUGAUCUACGCUUAUUUCAAUCGCGAAUUUCGCGCAGCUUUUCGCAAAACCCUCGAAAGCUGUUGUCGCGCGAUCGGACCGGUGCGCGAUCUGCGCCAGGUGCAUCGCAAACAGGAUCUCGUGCACAGCAACGCCUCGUCCGAGCUGCAUGUCAACAAUCAGUUGCGCAAUAGCGAGAUGACCAACGUCCAUAUUGAGGCGUGUAUUUAAAUGGAUUACGCGAUCCGGUGAAGUGAAAGUAACGGCAAAAUCCUCCUCCAGGAGCGCUUUCUGAAGAAUAGAAAAAAAUAGGUAAGA